AUGAGCCCACUUGAGUCUCCCGGAUUUCAUCUGGUAGACUGGCCAAGCCAUAGUCAUUCUGACGUCCGCAGCCUAGCUGAUUGUGGCAACGACUGUAUUACGCCACCCGGGCAAACAAUUUCUACAAGACACAUUUUAUUGGCUCAUGAAAGAAAGGCUGGCGAACGCCAUACGAACCCAUUUUACGAAUAUCCCGAAAAAUCAGGCCCCAAUGCCCUUGAGAUGAGCUGCAAUAAUGAGGAAGCCGAGGUCAGAAGCUGGGAAGACAAUGAAAACUAUAGAAGAAAUACAAUCCGCCUCAUAAACCAACCACAAGGAGGCAUAGAAAAUGUAAAUGAAGAGAAUCGUUGUGAAGCUAAUUACAAUGAGCAGGGACAACCCCAAUUCUUGAGUGAGAUUGGCAGUCUCCUCCGAUACAGGACUCUGGAUGGUCAGCUACUUUUUAAGACCCCUACGGAUACCUUUAAUAAAAGAAGACCUUUUGAAGAUCAGGUAGCAAUUAAAUUUUCUACCAUCAAUUUUCAUCGUUUUAACUUACUUAAUGAUCUUCAUAGGACCUCAAGUGCCAUUAAAAAUAUGACUAUAGAACUUCAAGGCUGGUGCGGACACUUCACAAAGGGCCUUAGUUGA